UUGCUUUGAAAUAACGCAGUCAUGUAAAGUGGUUUGAGUUGACGAACUUUGAAUGAAAGUUGAUCUGCGCAUAUCCAAAAAGGAGAGCCGGAUUCCAAAUCGUCGAUCUCCACCUCCUGGAUGCGGAAGAGCCCCACGUUGCUUACAUCCUUUCGUCUCCGUCAUCUCUAGCCGCACCACCAAAGACGAAACCCUUCCUAGGUACCUAUCGCGUGCGUACCACUGCCUCGGAUACACCCAUACUCUGCGUCGUGGGGUUCGCGGACACCUGCUUGCUUUCGCCGUCACAGGAAAAUGGUCGAUUCGUCAUUGGAGGAUUCACACGAUAACGGGAGCGCCGAGAUACGUGGUAGCAGUACUAAAAGCGGUCGUUCGAGGCCGUCCUUUACCGAUUAUUGGAAACGCACUAAAGAGGCCGCGAGGUCUAUCACCUUUGUCCCGAGCGGCCCUGAGGCGCAAGCAGGGCCUAGCAAAGGUGACAGCAUCAACAACAACGACGGCAACAAUCAUGACGGGCAGGAGUCGGACCUGAGCAAGGCCAAGGCCCGCAGGGCGCAGGUCCGGAAGGCGCAGAUCCAGCACCGGGAGCGCAAGGCCAACUACACGAAGCAGCUGGAGAUGGACGUCGCCCGCCUGCGCGACCUGAUCGAGCAGACCGAGCGCGAGAGCACGGCCCUCAGGACCGAGAACGACGCUAUACGGCAUCGUUUGAGCUUUAGCUCGGCCUCGGUAUCGGCCUCCGCUCCGGGGCUGAGCCCGACUCUCGGCUUCCCGCUCUCGCAGCCGGAGUACACGGCUAGCCUGCUCUCCUCGUCCGGGUCCCUGAGCACCCCGCUCUACCAAGUCCACCGGAUUCCGACGCCGUCGUCGACGUCAUCGCGUAGUGUAGGCGGAGGAGAGUUCACUAAUACGAGCGGGAAUCCCGAAUUGAUUCUAGGGAUGACGAUGACGCAGGAGCAGGUCGAUCAUGCUAUCAACUUUAUCUUAGGGCUAGAGCAUAUCUGCUGGAACCACUUCCACCCCUCGUAUUACGACCACAGCGACUACGACCCAGAGGGCAAGGAAAACGGGCACAUGUUAAUGGCCAGCGCCCUCGCGCUCCGCAGCGCGCCGGCCGGGGCAUGGGAGCAGAUAAUCGCGGAGAAGGAGCGCCGACAACAAGCCAAUCCCGGCGCCGGCUCUUGCUCGGGCGGUGCUUGCGCCCCAGCACCCCCAACCUCAAGCAGCACCAUCGCCCCAAGCUACUCCGAUCCCAACACUAACCCCAACACCACCGACACCACACUAACAUCCUGGCCCAUCCCUCCUCCUCUUCCAAGCAACAACCCAAACUUCAACUUCAACACCGACGCCAACACCCACACUCACACCACCACCAGCGGCAACAACACCAGCGAACCCUCCCUAACCCUCGAAUCCCUGUACAGCCUAGCCUCGACGCUGAACCCGGCCGACGGCCCGGAGCUCGCGCCCGUGCAGGCCUGGUUCGAGAUCGCGCGGCUGUACGGCGCGGCCGCGGCGCUGGACGCGGCGCGCAUGGACCGCGUGCGCGCCGAGCUGGCCCCCGCCGUCGACUGCCUGCACUUCGGCGCCGUCAUGGCGCGGGACGCGUUCGAGGGGGUUGUGGAACGGGUGUUGGGGCCGGUGCCGGGGACGGCGUUUUGAUUGUUUUUUUUUUUUUUUUUUUUUUUUUCGGGGGAAGCGGGGGAUGGGUUGGUGUGUUGGGUUUGUUUGGAGGGAAAGGAUGGGAAUGGGGAAGGGGAAGGGGGGAGGGAUUGGGUACUGUGUGAUGGACAUAUUGCUAUCUCAUCU